CCGCUGGCCGAGCAGCGCCGGCGCCCGCGCGGCGCUGCGGCCCGGGGCGGACGGCCCGCGCGAGUGGUUCGAGCUCGAGGGCGGCGCCGUGAGCUUCGGGUCCGCGUCCCGCAUCGCCGCGCCUCUCGCGGGUGCGGCCGACCUCGCGGCGGUCUGGCUGCUCGGCGGCGAGGGCGAGCAGGAGGACACGAGGCGUCGACCGGCUCGUGCGCGCAGCGAGGCCCCUGGGCUCCGACGUGCGCCGGCAGUCUGCUAGCGGGCCGGGUACGACGGCCGGGCAGAGGAGCCGGAGCUACGAGCUCGCCCUGCCGGCGCUGGAGCUCCCUGGGCUGGGCACGGCGCGCACGUCCGUGGUGAUGUGGGGAGCGGUGCGCGACUCCGGAGGCCCGCAGCCGGGGGGCGGGCGGUACCUGGCGAUCGGCAGCGAGGGCGGUCCCAGGAUCUGCCUGGAGCUCGGGGGCUCAGAGGUGGAGCUGCCCCGCUUCUCCCUGGACGUGCAGGAGAUUGGCGCCCUCGGCGUGGCGGAGGAGGCCGGGGGCGAGUCCUGCCGCGCCGAGGGCGGGGCCCUGCUCCGACGCAUCGCCGUCGCCGCGCAGUUGCCCUCCGUGGCGGGCAUUUCCGUCUGGUGGGCGCUUCUGCGUCCCAAGGUGUGCCGGCAGACGGUGGGCUUCGCGAGCCGCCGGCUCGCGGACAGCCUGUCGGAGGACUUCGCCCGGUGGCGGGGCGAGCGGAUCCGGGCCCGCAGGCUCGGCGCCCAGGCGCCCUGAGCGCGCCGCGGCGGCCUGCGCACUGAGCAAGCAAUCCGCCGCCAGCUCCGGGUUUCUGUCUGCGCCGGCUGCCGUUCCUCCACGCCCGCUGCCGCUGGCGGCCCCGCCGUCGCGCCACCCGCGCGGGGCCCAGACCUCGGGUAACCUGG